CAAACUUUGCCAGGGAGGGCUGGGAGGACUUUGCUCUGCAGAUAGGGCAGCUCACUGAACACGGGCAGCAGCUGCUUCCAGCACCAGUCCCAAGAGCUCGUGGGCUUUGCUAGCCAGCGGGGAAGCUGUACCAGGCCAAUGAGCUGUAGCUCCUUGAAAAAAAGACCCUCAGAAAAGCUGGGUCCUGGAGAAUUUCUGCCUGUCCUGAAGGCCCAAAGCAGUGGUGAUGGACCCAUGUCAAUAGAUAUAAGAAGGGUAGGAAUCCAUAAGCGCCCAGAAGGUUUGGACCUGACUCAGUGUUUGCCGUGACCGCAGAAAGCUGCGUCAGCUGUUGCCUGGGUUUUCUUCUCCCAUGUGGUGUCUGCUAACACAGAAAGCACCAGGAUGGCUCUAGCAUCUUGCUGGAAAGAAAGGCCUCCCUACCCGCAGGCCAGGAGCAGUAUCUCACGUUUGGGUUUAUUCUGGUCGAAGAGCCUGAUCCUCACCAUGAGUUUGGAAAGCUCAGGAUGUUCUGCUGCAGUCCGCAAGGAGCUGGGACAACCAGGAUGCCAGGGGUGGAAGGAACAUGAGUGCACGCUCUGGGCUCCUUGAAAGCUGCAGAACAGUCUGGCAAGGAUCACUUGUCCCCAGAUAAUUCAAACAGAGCAAAUACCUGCCACAGUGAGCUGUAACUACACCCCCAACAAAGAAUACUUUCAGGUUUCACAAGCUCAAGGUGCAUUCACCAAGGAUCAGCCAGGAAAUGGCUGAUGGCGCUGGGGAUGCUUGCAGGGAAACUGAACAGUCAGAGUCAACAGCCUGAAACCCUGCUGAGCCUUUGGUUAGCCCCAGCUCCCUUCUCCCACCCUGUUUUCAACAAGCUUUGUGAACUUCUUGCUCUGGGGGUGCUGCGCUUUGUGAUCGGCAGUGAGGAUAAUGGAGCAACUUUUGAAGUGACAUCUGUGAAGUGACCUGUGUGGGGCCGUGACCAUACGAUGGAAUGGCUGGGGUUGGAAGGGACCUCAGAGAUCAUGAAGUUCCACGGGCAGGGACAAGAUGCCCGGGGACCUCCUCCUCCACCAUCCUCCAUUGCCCCCACAGGAGUUGCCCUCAGCGGACAGCUUCCUGAGGGGACGGAGGAAGCCAUGACAAAGACAGAAGAGCCCUAGGGAGGAGUGCGACUUGUGCUGUGUGACACACCCCUUGAGGGGGACAGCCCCGGGGAUGUCAGUGCGCUGCCCAUGAGGAAACCACCCCGAGGGGCAGCUCGGCGCCAUGCCCCCCUCAGGCCGCCAUGACAACGGGAGCCUCCCCCCUCCCUCCAUUCCCCCCUCCCUCCCCGCUGUGCGCUUGCGCGCGGCCCCGCGCACCUCGGCGGGGGCGCGCCCCGCCCUUUCCCCUCCCCUUCCCUCUGCCGAGCGCGGCCUCGGCGCGCACCCGUGGCGGGCACGCGCGGCCGUGGCCGCCAUGAGGCGCGGCGAGCGCCGAGGCCCCGGCGGGGCGCUGGGCAAGGCCGCCCUGGAGGAGCAGCCCGACGGCCCCGGCCCCCGCCGCAGCACCGAGUCCGAGGUGUACGACGACGGCACCAACACUUUCUUCUGGAGAGCUCAUACCCUAACAGUCUUGUUCAUCCUCACGUGUGCGCUGGGAUACGUAACCUUGCUUGAAGAAACACCGCAGGAUACAGCUUACAAUACAAAGAGAGGCAUUGUUGCCAGUAUUUUGGUUUUUCUAUGUUUUGGAGUUACACAAGCUAAAGAUGGACCAUUCUCAAGACCUCAUCCAGCUUACUGGAGGUUCUGGCUGUGUGUCAGCGUUGUGUAUGAACUCUUCCUCAUCUUUAUACUGUUCCAGACUGUACAAGAUGGGAGACAAUUUAUGAAGUACAUCGAUCCAAAUUUAGGUGUUCCUUUGCCAGAAAGAGACUACGGUGGCAACUGCCUUAUUUAUGAUCCUGGCAAUGAAACGGAUCCGUUUCACAACAUCUGGGACAAGCUGGAUGGAUUUGUUCCUGCUCACUUUUUUGGCUGGUACCUGAAAACACUGAUGAUUCGAGACUGGUGGAUGUGUAUGAUCAUCAGUGUGAUGUUUGAAUUUCUGGAGUACAGUCUGGAGCACCAGCUUCCAAACUUCAGUGAAUGUUGGUGGGAUCAUUGGAUAAUGGAUGUGAUCUUAUGUAAUGGAUUAGGAAUUUACUGUGGGAUGAAGACUCUCUCUUGGCUUUCUUUGAAAACAUACAAAUGGCAAGGACUUUGGAACAUUCCUACAUACAAAGGCAAAAUGAAGAGAAUUGUCUUCCAGUUCACCCCGUAUAGCUGGGUUAAAUUUGAGUGGAAGCCAGCAUCCAGCUUACGCAGAUGGCUAGCAGUUUGUGGCAUUAUCUUUGUAUUUUUAUUGGCAGAGCUGAACACAUUUUACUUGAAGUUUGUCCUUUGGAUGCCACCAGAACACUACUUGGUCCUGUUACGACUUGUCUUUUUUGUUAAUGUGGGAGGUGUGGCUAUGAGGGAGAUCUACGACUUCAUGGAUGACCCGAAGUUCCAUAAGAAGUUGGGUCAGCAGGCCUGGCUGGUUGCUGCUAUUACUGCUACAGAGUUCCUGAUCGUCGUGAAGUACGAUCCCUACACGCUCACACUGUCGCUUCCUUUCUACAUUACCCAGUGCUGGAUCUUGGGGAUUAUACUUGUACUCACCUGGACAGCCUGGCGUUUCUUCAUUCGUGACAUCACCUUGAGGUAUAAAGAAAUAAGAAGACAGAAGCAAGAACAUAAAUAUGAAAAGGACAAGUGCUUGAGCAAUGGUGAUGGACAUUCUUCAAUACUGGAUGAACAAAAUGGGAACAAACUAAGGGAAAGGAAACUUUGAGCAACGGACAAAGGGCUAAAAAGAACUCGUUGUGCUCAAGUUGGCCUGGUGGACAGUUUCAACCUUAUCCUACCUAACUUGUUUCGUUGUUAGUUUUCCAACGUGUGAAAGUCCUCUUGGGGGAAAAGAUGUCGCACUGACAUGCGCACCCUUUCUCCUUGUGUACACCUAGUCAGAGUCAGAGAAAGUCUGUGUAGAGGGAAGUCAGAACCAACACCAUUGCAACGAGGUGGGAUCUUCGUCCAAGCGUGUUGUAUGUCUUCCUUGCAAACAAGGUUUGGAGACAAGGGGCUUUGAAACAAAGCCCAAAGGGAAUCUAGCUGACCUAUUUCCAGUAAACUGUGAGAUUUUGAUUUUGACAUUUGGGCAUUAGGAGCACUUGUUUUGGAGUGUGCAGAUACUGGCACAGGAAAUGAAUUUUGUUUUCUUCUGCUUGAAAAUACCUUGAGGUAUGGAGUCAGAUCGUGUAACAUGUUCAGCCACCAAUUAACAGAAGUGCAGCGAGAUAAAACAUAGAUAAGCUGAAGCUUGUGAACAAGUUGCGUAACUUGCACAGAAUGUGAUACAGUACACUACUGUUACAGCCCCUGUAAUGCAGGGGUUAUUGCCUUUCUCUAAACUGACUUUCAAUGUCCUGGAAUAGCUUACAAUAAUUUUAUGUUAUGUCACAGCUCUGGGGAGACGGAAGGACUUUUUUAAUCUCAAUCAUCUCUUAAAUGUAAGGGAGGGUUAAAUAAGAAAGGUCAGCCCGCCUUUCAUUUGCUUCAUGGAGUGAAAUCUAUUACAAACAGAAAACUGGGAGUUACUCCAUCAAUCUUAAGUUAUUUGCCUUAUUCUCAGCUCUUUUACUUUGCUUGCCGAGAGGAUUUAAUUCUUGGUGUCUGCUGUACAAGGCAUGUCCUGUUCUGCCACCUUCAGAGCUGCCUCCUUCUCCUCCCGAGGUAGCUCCAGGCUGAGCAAUCUCCCUCCCGAGUCCAACUGGAAGAGGUGUUCUCUGCAAUCACGCACAAAAUAGUUGUUACCAUGCUGCCAUCCAUGCCAAAACGAACAAGCAGGAGGAACGCGCGUCGUUCCUCACUGAGCAGUGCGUAGUGGAGGUUUGCAGGCCAAACUAAACAGCUUUUUUUUUUUUUUUUGCUCAUGACUCAGCAUCUAGGAAAAUAAAUUAGAAACCUGGGCUGCAUUUUUUCAGGUCGUUAUUCCAAAAUGUAAGUGCUACAACUAAGCAUCAAUUUGGUAAACCCGGCUCUAAGCCUUUGCAUUGGCCCCUGAGGCACUGAUGUAACUGUAUCACUUUUUAGAUACAAUGAUCUAAUCUGGCUCUUAAAGGAUAUUUUUCAGGGAAGUGUUUAUCCAGAAGAAAAGUACAUAAACAACCCCAGUAACAUUUAAAGAGCACAGCCCCAAACUUUUGAAGUGGCAGGAGACUUGCAGAGCUGCUGGCUAGCAAACAUCUUCAUUUCUGAGCGGUUUUGGUCCUGUGCAUGAACCAACCAAAUCCUGCAUUUCUCUAGGUUUACAGGGUGACCCAAAUAUUUUCCACCCCUAAAGAAUGGACAGCUAGCAGUAGGGUGCUCUUCAAGUAAUGGAGCAUUAAUUAAUUAAUGGGUUGCAUCAGAAGAGCUCAACAAAUGAAGCAGAGUUCGUGGGCCCUGGGGCCUGCCCCAGUCACUUAGCAGACAGCGAGGAGGAUGACCAGUGUGAGAGGUAGCAUCCAUCUUCUUCCUCGAGUACGUACAACGUACUGUGGAUAGUCGCUCAGUGGCUGCUCUUAAAUCCUAGUCUUUUGCUGCUCUGAGGUAGUGAGGAAUAAAUGGCCGUGCAGCUAGAUGCUGGCAAGUUUGUAAACGGGCAGAUGGUGCUGAGUUGAGCGAGUAUUUAUUUCCAUGCCUUUCCACCCCGAGUCAUUCUAAUUUCCAGCUUUCUACCAGUCCUAAGAACUGUUAACUGGUCGUUUGGUAGCUCGUACCAGUGCGUUGUGCUUGUGUAGUCCCAGCUGAGCGAGGCUCAGGUCGGUGUAUCUCCAUUCCAUCUGUGCUGGUUAUCACUGUGCUGCCCCGCCGAUCUCUGCCCCACGACCACCUCGAGGCUGUCUCAGGAGCUGGGUGGUAGCAGGCACACCUGGGAGGGGUCUCUUGCUGCACCUUCCUCCUCCCUGCCCCACUGAAGGGCCACACGUGUACAUCUGAAGCAGCUGGUGAAGCGUACCCCUUCCCAGUAACAGUUCUGGAGCUUCGACCUCGCACGUAAGACACUGACUUGUGUUUGUCUACAUCCAUCUACAUGGCUCUUAUGGUUAGUCUGGAUAACUGAACCGGUGUAAUAAAGUGAUGUUUGCUGGUGUGUCCUUUGGUACAA